GGUGGAGCCGCUCAGGUGAGGCUUGGAACUGCAAGCCUGCGGGAGCUGCCACGCAUCCUUAUUGCACGGGCGCGUUUUAAACAAAUACAAGCCGCCGAAUCCCCCUCCGGCUUCCGAGCAGCUAGGCAAGAAAAAUCUCUACUUGGCGUUUAUUUGAAGAACUGAGGAAUUCCACCAUGUUCAGCUGGGCAAACAAGGAGCAGGGUGGGAGAAAUAAAGACAGCGAGAUGUUUCAAACCGUCACCGAGGGGUUGCAGAGUCUUUAUAGCAAGAAACUGCUACCGCUGGAAGAGACUUACCUUUUCCACGAUUUCCACUCCCCAGCGUUGGAGGCGGCGGACUUCCAGAGCAAACCCAUGGUGCUGCUCGUGGGGCAGUACUCCACGGGGAAAACGACUUUCAUAAGGUAUCUCCUGGAGCAGGACUUCCCGGGCAUGCGGAUCGGACCUGAGCCCACCACGGACGGGUUCAUCGCCGUGAUGUAUGGGGAGAACGAGGGCGUCAUCCCUGGCAACGCCCUGGUCGUCGACCCCAAAAAGCCCUUUCGCAAACUUAACGCCUUCGGCAAUGCUUUUCUGAACAGAUUCAUCUGCUCUCAGAUGCCCAAUCAGGUGCUGCAGAGCAUCAGUGUGAUUGACACACCAGGGAUCCUGUCUGGAGAGAAACAGCGCAUCAGCCGAGGCUAUGACUUCUCGGAGGUGCUGCGCUGGUUUGGAGAGCGGGUGGAUCGGAUCAUCCUGCUGUUCGACGCGCACAAGCUGGACAUCUCGGACGAGUUCUCGGAGGCGAUCCGGGCGUUCCGGGGCCAGGACGAUAAGAUCCGGGUGGUGCUGAACAAGGCGGACCAGGUGGACACGCAGCAGCUGAUGCGGGUGUACGGCGCCCUCAUGUGGUCGCUGGGGAAGGUGAUAAACACGCCGGAGGUGGUGCGUGUGUAUCUGGGGUCCUUCUGGGCCAAGCCCCUGCAGAACACUGAGAACCGGCGGCUCUUCGAGGCCGAGACGCAGGACCUGUUCAAGGACAUCCAGGGCCUCCCGCGCAACGCUGCUCUGCGCAAGCUCAACGACCUCAUCAAACGCGCCCGGCUGGCCAAGGUGCAUGCUUACAUCAUCAGUUACCUGAAGAAGGAGAUGCCGUCUCUGUUUGGGAAAGAGAAGAAGAAGGAGGAGCUGAUCAGCCGCCUGCCGGAGAUUUACUGCAUCCUGCAGCGAGAGCAUCACAUCUCUGCCGGGGACUUCCCCAACGUCACCAAGAUGCAGGAACAGCUCCAGAACUACGACUUCAGCAAGUUCCCUUCCCUGAAGACCAAGCUGAUCGAAUCGGUGGAUAAGAUGCUGGCCAAUAAGAUCGCUGGGCUGAUGUCCAUGAUUCGCGAGGAGGAGAGCAGGCAGCCCCCCCAGCAGGUGUCUGGCGGGGCCUUUGAGGGGUCCCAGGACGGCCCGUUCGGGCACGGGUACGAGGAGGGCGUGCGGGCAGGGGCAGACGCCGAGGACUGGAUCGUCUGCCGGGACAAGCCCAAAUACGACGAGAUCUUCUACACCCUCAUGCCCGUCAACGGGCGUGUGUCUGGCGCCAACGCCAAGAAGGAGAUGAUGAACUCGCGGCUGCCCAACACGGUGCUGGGCAAGAUCUGGAAGCUGGCGGACUGUGACCACGACGGCAUGCUGGACGACGAGGAGUUCGCGCUCGCCCAGCACCUCAUCAAGAUCAAGCUGGAGGGGUUCGAGCUGCCCUCCGAGCUGCCCCCCCACCUGGUGCCCCCCUCCCACAGGAAGGACCCCACCGCAGACACCCUGUACAACCACCAGGAGGACUGAGCCGCGCCCUCCCCGCCCCGCCCCACCGGAGACCUGGACAGAGGGGGAGGGGGAUAUGUGCAAAGACUGCAGUACUACAGCCCGAUUCUGAAGAGGGGGGGGGGAUUGAAGGAGCAGAGGUUGGGGGGGUGAGGGAGGAGAGAUAAAGUGGUUUAUGGUCCCCAUGGUUUUUUUUUUUUUUUUUGGGAGCAAUCAUCUGUGAUAUUGACUUAACUACAGACCUGGCCUGUACCAUACACAUUGCUACUGUGCGGUAGAUCAACAGAGAUUAUUCACACUGUACAUAAUGCCUCCUGACCUGGCCUGUACCAUACACAUUGCUACUGUGCGGUAGAUCAGCAGAGAUUAUUCACACUGUACAUAAUGCCUCCUGACCUGGUGUAGUUAUAGGGUGUAGGUACAGUCUCAUCUGCGUAAUUCUGGGAUCAGUGUUUCACACGGCGGAAGCAGGUACAGGUGCGCCCAUCCUGGCGCUUCCUGGGCUCACCGUCGUCAGGCGCUCACCUGCCACCUGUAGACCCGCCACACUGCGCCAGCCGAGCAGCCCUGCACGCUUCUGACUUCCUCAUUCUGAAGUAGAUUACUCUUCCUCUUCCUCCGACUCUUAUGUCCAAUAAUCUCUUUCUGUGAGGUUUUUUUUUGUCUAGACAUGCUCCAGAAUAUUUCAAGCACCAAAGUAGAAAGGUUUUUAACGAUCUGUGACUGUAAGAGAUGAUAACCUUUAACCUUUAACGUCUUCAGCCACAAUUACUUAAUUUAUUCAUUUUAUGUCCAAAUUCAUGACUCAUUUGACAGCCAGGCCAUUUCUAGAUGAAUGUGCUUCUUUCAGGAGGGCAUGAGAAGUUUAAAUGAACCGUGGUGCUGAUGAGGGACUGAAUGUGGCUGGUUUUUGUUUUUAUGUUAAAAUCAGCAACCAGUUUAGACCCCAAAAAACCAGGUGAGAUGAGUUAUGUGGGUCAUUAAAUGCUUUAAUUGGUCAAUUAACAAUGAAAACUGUGGCCCUCCCGGGUUAGGGAAAUAAAGAUACCUGCCUUAACACAAAGGUGCCUGCAGGUUUAACUCCAGUCCUGGAGGGGGCGCUGUGCCUGCAGGAUUUUGUCGUUUCCUUUCAAUGAGAAAACAAUUUUGGCCGUAGAAACAAGGUGUAUGGAUUCUUCAGCCAAUCAGUGACUUGGAAUAAUGACUUAAGUGCUGAAUAAGAGAACACCAGGCCCUGCCUUCACCUGAAGAGCUUGUGGCCUGCACAGGAGUCCCGGGAAAGUGCCUGCUCGUCCAUCUCACUGUUUAAACCAGCGUUUCAUUUCAAUGAUUUAUUUCUCUCUCUGUUUCUCCUUUCCACAAAAACAAACUGCCAAGAAAGUGUCUUUUGCAGUCUAUGGUAUUUUAAUUUUAUUUACGUAUUUGCACUGUCCUUGUAGAAUGUAUUUUUAAAAAAUCUAAUACUAGUACAUUUUAAAAUGAACAACCUUUGUUUUGAGAAGUAAGAGAGAAAUUGCCAGGUGUUGUAAAAUAUUUAAAAUAUUAUAUUUCCAUUAUUUUUAUCAAGAAGAGGGCAGGAACUGCUGCAAAUAGCUUUAGAGUUUCCUGGAAGAAGGGGAACUGGCCAUGGCUGCUCAUGUGAUACGCGUCCGGCAUGUUGGCAACCAGCCUGGAGAACAAUGUGUGGAAGUCACCCAAUGAGCACACAAUCUGGCUUUAUCUGAGUGGGCUUACAAACCGCGCACACGCUGCACACGUAGGUGUGCCCUCUCCCUGUGGUCAGUGGCUUAGCAGCAUACUCAGGGUUUGAAGGAGCGGGAUCAGGACCAAAGUGGGCAGUACUUUUCAGGUUCAGCGUAAAUGAUGGGUAAGCAGUCCUGGAGAACGCAGCCAAUUCAGUGCCUUCGGAACCUUCUGCUAGCUGCCGUCUGCUAGCCACCUUCUGCUAGCUGCCCUUUGCUAGCCUUCUGCUAGCCACCCUCUGCUAGCUGCCGUCUGCUAGCCUUCUGCUAGCCACCUUCUGCUAGCUGCCCUCUGCUAGCCUUCUGCUAGCCACCCUCUGCUAGCUGCCGUCUGCUAGCCUUCUGCUAGCCACCCUCUGCUAGCUGCCGUCUGCUAGCCUUCUGCUAUCCUUCUGCUAGCUGCCCUCUGCUAUCCUUCUGCUAGCUGCCCUCUGCUAGCUGAUUUCUGCUAGCUGCCGUCUGCUAGCCGCAUUCUGCUAGCUGCCCUCUGUUAGCCGCCUUCUGCUAUCCUUCUGCUAGCUGCCCUCUGCUAGCUGAUUUCUGCUAGCUGCCCUCUGCUAGCCGCAUUCUGCUAGCUGCCCUCUGUUAGCCGCCUUCUGCUAGCUGCCUUCCUGCCACUUAUCAGGUUUGUUGUUCACACAGCUCUGUUACUUGCCUCUGUUACCUACGCCCUGUAGCUCUGUUACCAUGCCCUGUAACUCUGUUACCAUGCCCUGUAACUCUGUUACCCACGCCCUGUAACUCUGUUACCCACGCCCUGUAGCUCUGGUACCCAUGCCCUGUAACUCUGUUACCCACUCCCUGUAGCUCUGUUACCCAUGCCCUGCAGUCCUGUUACCCACGCCCUGUAACUCUGUUACCCAUGCCCUGUAACUCUGUUACCCAUGCCCUGUAGCUCUGUUACCUACGCCCUGUAACUCUGUUAACCAUGCCCUGUAGCUCUGUUACCCACGCCUUGCAGCUCUGUUACCCAUGCCCUGUAACUCUGUUACCCAUGCCCUGUAGCUCGCUCUUACCCACGCCCUGUAGCUCUGUUACCCAUACCCUGUAGCUUUGUUACCCAUGCCCUGUAGCUCUGUUACCCACGCCCUGCAGCUGUGUUACCCAUGCCCUGUAACUAUUUUAUUCCAGGAUACCAUGUUAGGUAUUUAACAGUAGCUGUGAUCCAUCCUGUUAGGAUUUCUGAAUUCAGCACACUUCAGGACUGACUCCUGUUAAAUUUUCAAGCCAUUUCACUCUGUGAUUCUUUUUGAUUUGUCUUUGUUUUCUGGCAGUAGUAUUAGUGACUUGUAUUUUUAUUGUAAUGAUGUUUUUUUUCUUCUCCUUUUUUAAUGACUGUAAAUGUAUUUAGUGCAAUACAGAUGGGAUUCUUUACUGGGGAAUAUGUUUAUCUUUCUGAGCUCAAUCUGUCCAUUCCCGCUGAUCUUCCACAGAUUCUGUGUUUGUGCAUUAAAGAUGCUUUCUGUGCACCCAAAAUCUGUUUGUAUAUUGCAAAUGCGUAUAUUAAACAUUAAAAUAUGUAAAAAUCA